GCUCCUAAAUGCUGGUCAAACCAAAAGAAGAAGAAGAAGAAGUUGUUUUCAGAUGAGAAAAGUCCAGUUCGGGGGAAAAACUGAAACUGAGAGGAAUCAUGUUUGAAAACUUCAGAGAAAGACUUCACAUGGUCCAGCAGGAUUUCAGUACGGGCUUCAAGAGCUUUGGAGACAAAUCAAGAGACCCCAAAACCAAGAGGCGACCCAGGUUUGAAGAAAGCCUUACUUAUUUCAGCGCUGGACUGGAAAUCCUAAGCAGGUAUGAGGAGAGUUGGUUUCUGCUCCAUAAAAGAACUAAAGACUGUGCUGAAGCUGCAGAGGCAGCAGAUGGGGAAAUAGUGAUGCUCUCAGCACACUGGGAGAGGAGAAGAACCGUUCUGACAGAACUACAGGAACAACUGCAAAGCUUGCCGGCCUUUAUCAGUGAGCUUGAUGCCAUCACUGCUAACAUAGCUCAGUUGGAAGGCGAGUUUGAGGAGAUGGAGUGCAGACUGGCCUACCUGGAGACUCUGUGUUGUCAGUGUGAGCAGCAGACAUUCAAACAGCAUCAUAUCAACCAACUCGAAGUCUAUAAGAAAAAAAAGAGGAGGGAAGUGGAGGCGCUGAAAGUGGAACUCAAUUCUGAGCAUGCUCAGAAAAUGGCAGAGUUGGAGCAGGCCAUGCAACAGAAACUGAGAGAACGACAGAAGGUCUAUGAAGAAGCUUUUAACCAAGAUGUGAAGCAAUACUUGUCCACUGGAUACCUGCAGCACAGAGAGCUAACAGGAGCUGAUCCGUGUGUUCUCGAUCAGAUGACAAUAACUAGCAAAUCAGACAUGAAGGCUUUGGAUGACUUUCUCAACUCCGCUGGUGAUGACAGUACUGGAUCAUCGCUGACCUCAGGUCCAGACCUCAAGUCUUACUCUUCAGAAUCGUUGAGAAGCCAAAUGAACCAAGCCCCUCCCACAGACAACCAAGAAGAGGAAGUUGCCAGUGAGGAGAGCGAUGAUCCCCUGGUGCAGUCAGAUGAGGAGGACGUCCAACCCGAUAUGUCAUUGGUUGGCCUGCAGGACGUUGGCACAAGGAGGGGUUCUGAUGAGUGUGACCCAGCGGGGGACCUGCCCUCUGGAUAACCUACCAACCAGGCCCCUGAACCUCCUUGAAUACUGGCCAAACAAAAAGUACUGUUCUCCCUCAAAAACACCCCACUCUGCUGCGACUUGACACAGCGUCUAUCUCCACCAACAUGAGCUUCACAAGGUCAAAUCUGAUAUGAAAUCAUGCCUUUAACACAAAUGCUGAACUUACUUAUGAUCGGAGUCAGUAAUGCUAACUAACUGUUUGAUUCACUAUUUAAGCUUUGCUUUGUCACCCUGCAGGUUUUCUAUCAAUGAUCGUGGACUAAUUUUGGUUAGUGACGUGUCAUCAUUUUGUAUAAAGCAUCGUAGUCUAGGGGGAGUUUGACUGUUGCCACAGUGGCUUAUAUCCAGCUUACAUCUGGCUGUUUAACACCACUGCAUUCAUAAGCUGUCUGUAAUAAAUGAUGUAUAUAGGAAGUUUCUUUAUUUAACAGUUACAGUUCAAGAGUUCGCUGUAUUUCCCUUUGUGCUUAUAUGAAAAAAACAGCAAUUAGUGCAGCAAUAAUGAUGUCUGGAAAACAGCUGUACAGUCCAGCCUACAUAAGAAAUAAGGAAAGAUCUCAAGUGUCAAUCGAUAAAUUUUAAAUGAUAACGCUUGUGAUAUUCUAUAUUUUUGUUACUGUAAACAAAUCCCAUGAAAAACAACAAUGAAUUAGGUAAGUCUCGUCUGUUUAUCCAAAGUCUCGUAGCUUAUUCCUCUGCUCAUCACCUCACAAAACAGCUGUGUCAAAAACAAAAUUCAACGCGCUGAAUUGUUUAUAGGUUCGCUGAGGAUGAAAUACAGAAACAUUGGCUGAUAACGUCUGAAGGCUUAUCAGACAGAAUACUAUGAGACAGGAUUUUAUAAUUCAGAAAGUUAAAGCAAUAGUAAUUUUUAUACUAUGUUGUGGUGAUUGCCAGGUGAAAACCCGUUCAUGUUACAAUCUAUCACAGACUUGGGGAGACAAACACAUUGUGUUGUUUUUUCAUGGGAUUUGUUGCAAUAAGAAAACACCCGACUGAUCGUUUAGCAUGUCUUGUACACCUGUAUUGUAUUUUACUUGAACUGCACAAAGGUUUUGUCUGACAGUUGGGUUUGAGGUCUUUUUGUCUCCUUACCCAUUUAAUAAAAAUAUCAAUAUCUGCA